AUGAGUGAAGGAAAAGAUUGUUAUAUGAUCGAGACGUGCGACGAGCGACGUGCCUCACGCAUCAACCAGCUCCUGCAACCGCGACCAUUGUAUAUUUGCCCGGAUGAAAUAAUGAAAAAUUUUACUUUAUUUCAAGACGUUACAAAAUUACCCUUCACAAUUUCAAAGUACUUUCGCAUUCCAAAUCGUGACAGUCAUUUCAACAGCGAACAACAGCACGGCUACUUUAAACAUUCAUUACUGCAACACAACAACUUCAUUAUCCUCCACAUCAACAAACCAACAGGUAACCAUCAGCCUCACAAAAUUGCAAAAGUGCAGUCGAUUGAUGAAUUGUUGUUGUGUGACCCUUUGUUCGAGAAUGUUGGAACAAGACAAUGCACUCUGCUGCGCACCUUCACGUGA